AGGUACCGUACAAUAGCAAGAGAGUCGUUACUGUAAUCUCAAAACCCAAACCAAAGAGAGAGAGCGAGACCCACCCGACCUCCGGCAAGCGAAUUGUCGACGCAAGCGCACGCACACGACACAGCAAACAAACCAAUCGCUGUGUUAAGAAGACCGCAAGGAGUAUCCUCUGCACUUGUUAGUCUACGCAAUCAAGUCGAAUACAAGUACUUCGUCCCGUACAUCGGCUCGACGGAUGAUGCUCAAACACAGCUGUAAAACAAUCAAGGUUCCACGAGAUUGGUGUCAUCCUUUCGUUCGAUAGUGCGGAUGCUGGUUGUCUUCAGCAAGCUAGCUAGCGGGAAACAAGAACAAAAUCCUGGGCAACGCGGGGUACGAGCACUCUGGAACAAACACAAACCAUGAGCGAGUUCUCCGACGUACGCAAACGCAUCGCCGCCAUCGAGGAGAAGCUUCGAGACGGUCCGAAGCCCGAAACGAUGGAGGAACAGCAGCAACAGGGGCAUGAGCAUGAGCACGAGCACGAGCAGGUGCAACUUUUCAAUACGGAGCUAGAGCCAGAGCCAGAACCACUAGCGAAGGACCGGAUCGAUGCGUCGCCAGAACCGAUCGACGACGAGCAAAACCAACAGCAGCAGAAGCAGCAGCAACACGAAACAGAAAACGAUACAGAACCACGAAGGAACCASAAACACGUUCCGUGGCAAUUGGAGUGGAAAAACCCCAGGUGGACUUCCUCGUCGCCUUUGGGCGAGCCGCAGACCAACGAAUCCGCCGACAAUGGUGAUGACUCCACCAUCGUGGGGCUAACGACGGCGCAGUUGGCGCCGGAAGAAACCUCCUAUAUCCUUCGGUACAGCCAGAAUUUGGAGGAAGAUUCCGACAGCCACGGUCCUCGAACCGAUUGUCACUAUUUGCUUUCGGUAACCCUGCUGGGCUGCUGUUCGUCGGCGUCAUCGACAGCCCCCGCGCUUGCCUCGGAGGUAUCGAUCGAGGUCCUGGAAGUUCCUUCCUCUGACAGCGAGGAAGGAGGAGCUACCGAUGGUGCAACUCCAACCACGAGCGUGCUUCGCUCCAAGCAAUUGCGGUGGCCCGAGAGCAUUUUCGACGAUGCCGGUGCGGCCACCACUUCGGUUUCUUCCCAUACAGAGUUCGACAGGGGAGCUGCCAAGAAGGCGAAACCACCCAAACCAAAGAAUUUCCUGGCGUCCGUGUUUUUGCCGCUCAUCGGAAUCGACGAGGAGGACGACCACGAGACCGCCGGUCACCCGCAGGGGCAGUGGCCACGGCCGAGUCCGACCAAUGGAAUCGUCUCCGCCGCGUUGUGCCGUCGUCCCCUCGACGACGGCCCGACCCAAAUGGCCACGAAGGACGUCGUGGAUCUGAUGAGUUUCGGGGGAAGCGGGGGCAUGGAUCCGAUCGGGGUUGCGGCGGGGGCUUCCGGCGGCGGAAACGAACGUACCGGCCUGCCCAUUGAGCGGGAACGCGAGGGAUCGUUAGACGAGCACGGAGCGGGUUCAUCGACCGAUGCCCAUGGUGUACAAGCUUCGACAGGCGGCGAAUUGUCGGUGGCGUGCGUUUCCAACAAAGGCGAGGUCUUUGUCUAUGACCCCAUCAAGCUGUUGCUCGGAGUCGAGGACGAUUCUCCGCUGUCGGACUCGAGACCGAACUYGAAUUCAUUAGAACGGGAAGCCAAGAGGGAUCUCGAAGAGGCGACCUCCUUCUUUUUCGGUCGGGAGCUCUUUCAAAACCUUCAGGAAUCCUGGAAGCCACUGGCGGAACCUUCGACCCGGAUCCACCUGAGUCUCUUUCAGCACGAUCGGCACCAACACCGUGAAGAAAAAACUAACAAAACCAAAACCACCACCACCAACAACGACAUCAGCACCACGAGUUCGCUGGGUUCCGAAGCCAAGAAUUCGCGUGACGACACAACAACGGAGCAUCUCUUGCACACUAACCAAGAACUUUCAGAUUUGGCGGCCCAAUCCGGUGUUGGUUCGKGUGCGGAUAGCACCAGUGAUGCUUCGUCGAGCGCCGUGUCGUCUGCUCUGGACACCGUCCGGACCCUGGCGUCGGAAUGGCAAUCCGGGAUCGACGACAACCUAUCGAUGCUUCCCUAUCUUUUGAAUCCCCUGGUUGAGCCGGCUACGCUAAGGGACCGGACMAUUUGCAACUCGCCGCUGGCCAUUCGUGUUGCGGGAUCUUCCUAUGUGGUUGUGAUCGGAAGCGGGCGGAAAUACGCCAGAAAGGACGCCGAAGACGGAUGCAAUCGUCGCGGGUUCACCAAACGCAGGAGCAGGCACCGCAGCAACAAAAGCAGCGAUUCUUGCAGCCAAACCCCAUCGGUGCCACCGAGGGAUCGGAGUGUUGACAACGACGAUGUUUCCUUGGAAGGUGCUGCCGAACGGUCGCUCUCUCAUAGCAUCGAACCAAAUUCUUCCGGAGCGGCGUCGAAACCAAAGGGAGGGCCAGAAACAGCAGAGCAAAGAAAAGACGCAGCGUCGCAAAGCCCAAUGACAGUGGGCUAUAGAGAGGACACUGAUCUACCGGGAAUUAGUGUCACUAACCUCCCAGAUGACGGGAAAAACAAGGCUUUCGACGGGGCCGAAACCGCUACAGAGGACGCGAUUGAAUCAUCUUCGGCGGAACAGGACGAACACAAACCAUACAAACCACCUUACGAAGCAACCAAUCCUUUCGCCGGAAUCGACAUCCAUUCCGAGAAAGCAGCAAAACCCUUCGAGAGCACGAAUCCCUUUUCGGAGAGUGAUGAGGAAGAUGCUUCGCCACCAAGAAGAAUCAAUCCCUUCGAUGACGACGUUGGCGACGCACAAGACUUUAAAAUGAGUCCGGGUCCAACUCCAUCGUGGCUGGACGAAUCAGAAUCUUGUGACAAGGAGGGAAUGUCAGCGUCAAAAGAAAGCGCAACCAACGCAAGCAUACCCGAAAACCCUAUGCCGUGGGAAGUUUCUUCGGAGAAGGAUAGUGGUGCCGAAAUUAACGUUGGUGAGACGGGAUCGUCCAUGUUUCGGUCGAUGGUCCCGAAGCAGAAUCUCAAAGAAGAAAGCAAGUUAGAAACAGAAACGAGCGAUCACGGAUCGCGCAAAAAUGAAGAUGAAAACAGCCAGCGGCAUUUCUUUGAUGGAUACGACGAGCAUCCUGGAGAGGACCAACGUCGAGAGCACGGAGGAUUCAUCACGUUUUUGACAACAUCGCGUUGGUCGGAGACUCGUACCCUGUUUGUGCCAUUUGUUCCUCUACGUGUCUCGCACAUUUCCAAGUGGAAUGACAUGGAGUUGUUGUGGGUGAUUGGUGAAUUCCAAUCCCUUCUCGUUCGAAUGGAUUCGACCGGACCUGUGCCCAUCUCGAUUAGAGAUGAUCUUAUUGUYAGAAGAGGGAACGAGGAGGCCGAUUUGUUGCAGGCAGCGACCGGCAGCAAUCUCACUGAAUUGGCCGGUGAUUUCGAAUUUGAAAACGAAUUGUUGCCCGUGUCAAUAAAAAAGUUUCAGAUUUUGCCGGUUGAUCAAGCUGUGACUAGUUCUAUUCCACCGCGUCUGCUUUGUGCCUCAAGCACUGGCAUCAAUCCUCCGUGUAUCUUGGAGCUCUACACCGAUCCGGGCAGCCAUUCCGAUCCACUGAAUUCCUUCCGGGACGGAUCGGAGGCUUUUCAACAGCCUUUGCAUCGAUCUCAUCACAAUCAACCCGCAUUAGUAUUGCUCAAGACUCUUGGCUACUUCACACCUCGGGGGACGGYUGUAUUGCGCCAUGCACCAUCACAUGUUGCGAAAAUCACAAUCAGUCAGAGCGAAAUGGCUUCGAAUGGGGAUAUGUCUUGCGUUGGAGAUCCAAUUAUUGACGAGGCAUCCAUAUGGGCUGAACAGGGCCAAGGGUGGUCGCUCCUUGGAACAAACCGAUGCAAAUAUUUUAUUUGCUGGGAAGGGUCCACUCUUUUACAAGGGGCAUAUGUAAAUGAAUUCAACAAUUGCAUGGAUCUAUCAGCGGCCAAAAAUAUAUCCUCUGCGGACAUUCUGCCUUUUUCUCUAACUCCGAAAGUUAGGGUGCAAGAUGUAGCAUCUUCAUAUUUCAUAAAUGGAAACGACGAGCAAGAGCAAGCGUUUAAGAAUCCUCAACGAUUUUCAUCGACCGCAUGUCAGAUGCAGGUGAUCGACGAAUUCCAACUAUAUCAAUCAAACGAAGCCGUAGGUGGACCAAUAGAUAGAGCGUUCUUCUCCAUGAAAGGGAGCAUUGGCAGAACGAAACAAUUAAGAAGAAGCACAAUCUCAUCGAGGCGGCAACACAGCGAACAUCUUUUACAGCAAUGUUCGAGUUGGACUCAACUUGAAGAAACAUUGGACGAUCGAAUAAGGCUUGAAAGACAAGGUAUGUACCAGAACGAUUGCCAUGCACUAUCUUUCUAGUUAUGCUCUCUUCUAACAUUUAUACCCUUAUGCUUCCGAUAAUCCUUCUACAGCACCAGUUCUAUGUCUCCGGAGAGGUACAGCAGGGUCUCCACAUAACGUGCUUUCGCUCCGUCAACUUGUUGUUGAUAAUGGUACAUCGUCCCCCUUUCAGCAAGUUCUCUCUUGGUUGGCGAAGAGAAAGAAUUUCUUUGUAGCAGCAGGAAUCGCGCUGGAUUUGUUACAAAGUGCAGAUUCUCUGUAUCACUUAUGGAAACAUGCAGAAAUGAUUAAUGAAGAGGACGAAGAGACGAAGCUGCUCGGUCUUUUAGAUGGGAUUUCCUCCGUUCGUUUACUGGACGACAACUAUAAAAAUACCAAUGAAUGCAAGCAUAGCGUCACCGCGACCCAUUUAUCGGAAAUGACUGUGGGGUGCUUCAUCAAAGGUGGAGUUUCUAUGGCUAACACACUUGUUCAAUUUCUUGAAACGAAUAAAUUGUACGAUCCUGCCCGGGUCUCAUUGAUGCUAUCUCUUACUACGAUCAAUUUGUUUUCAAACGAUUCUACGACCACCAGAUUUAGCGAUUCAAACCAAAAAGAAUUCAAUUUCGAUGAAUUGUUGUGGCCUGUAGAAUGCCUUCUAGCAAUAGGCACGGARCGAGAAUAUCUCCACGAGGUGCUGUCGCUAUUGAACGAUACAAUUCCCGAUGAACUCCGUCAUCGCCAACGUGAAGAACAAGAAGAAGGAAAGGAGCAGAUUGUCUGGACACCGAACAUGGCGCUGACCAAAAAGUUAAUCAAAAUGAUGCUAGAGGCAGAUCCCGUUGCCAUUGAUAUUUUGAUGAGUUUCGUUGACGAUCAAUCUCAAGUUCAUUUCUGGCAAUCGCUAGACCACAAUACUCGCUUGGCCUUGUCAUUGAUGGAAAUAGAAUCAUCUUUCCCGUUUUUGAGACAACCCGAAGUUAGAAGUUGGGCACGUGAAGAACUCGAUUUGUCCUUAAGAAACAAAUCGAAUCUUCCAACAAUCUGGCUCCAAGAACUUACUCUGGCGUGUUUGCGCAACGCCCACUGUGAUCUAGAUGGUCUUAAGAUUUCAAGGAGUACUGACGAAGACAAAGCUUUAAUGUCAUCUUCAGAUACCAUCAGCGAAAGAACACGCGUGAACGAUAAUCUCUGUUCCAAAUUGGCGACCUCGGAUACCGAAGAGACUUCUGGCUCGAGCCGUACUGAUGAUUUUGUCGAAACAAUGAAUUUUGAAAUCGAGAGGAUAAGAAAUUCUUUGCUUGCCUCGAAUGAGGCAAUGUGCAGUCUCGAUUUUGAUUUAGUGAUACCAACACUACUUUCGUUAGAGAAUCAUGGGUUCCACUGGCUACCAUCAACCUCAACAGCAAUUUUAGAAACUCCGUCAUCGAAACUAGAAUCCUCCACGUGCACCACUGUGAUGAACAAAGAUAUAUUUACUUCCACACAGGCCCUCAUGAAUGCCGCUUGUUAUCUUGCAGGACGAGCCUCGGUGUCUGGAAGUAGGGCGGCCUGGACUUCGCAUGUGGAUUCGGUUGAUCUCAAUUCUGGCAACGAACCGUUUUUAUUUGCAGCAUUCGAUAGCAAGUCCGCGAUGAAGCAAUGCUUCAUUGCAAAUAACAUAGUUGCUGGUGCCUACUUGGUGGGCGGAACCAACGGUUUCAUUCUUCAUAUCUGUGAUGUCCUGAACCGGAGAACCGGAAUAUCCAUUCCCGAUGCAGAAUCCUACCUUGUCAGUGAUCGAUUAGACUUGCAGCUUCUUGAGGAGUCUAGAAUAGACGACAUCGCUGACAAAAAGCCUUCAUCGUGUUUUGAAGUGACGAGCGGGCACCAGAAAUUGCUGAUGCUGCUAGACGAGCACGUGUUGAGAAUCCGAACCUUUGGAGACUUCGAUUUUGCUCACAAUCGCGGCAACGUGGAUCCUGUUUUUGCUGCUCGUUCCAUUCUUCGAGCGUGGCUCUUGAUGAGCGUUGGGGAAAAGGCUGCUGCAUCGAAUUGGUUAGGUGAAUGGCUCGGUGACCGCCUUGGUAUUCGCUGCGACCGAUGCCGUGUUCCAUCGCCUCUGGUAUCUCCAAAGGCUUCCACCCCGCGUUCAAAAAUUAGUGCGAAUGGUUCUGCAUUCGAGGAUGCUGAUACUUUUACUUCGAAUCGAGAUGAUCGGGGCAAACACUCUGAUGCUGCCAACCAAGACCGUUACGAAGAAUUUGGGUCUGCCAGCCAACAUGGGUUUGCUUGCGCAUCUCUUGCGAGAUCAUUGCUUUGGCCAAACGACUUGCCUACAACGGCAAUGUCGAAGCAAAAGGAUGGUGGUCCUCCCACGAACGGGGCCGAUGCAUUGCCACUAGCUGAUGCUAUGCAGUUUGAAACAAAACUGCUCCUAGAGCUUUGUCAAUCCUGUUUGGGAUUAGUCGAGUCGGUUCCACCCUCUAUGGUAGAAAUGUAGAAGUAAAUCUAGUUGGAGUAUUAAGUACUGAAACGUAUUUCACUGCAUUACGUUCAGAGUGAAAUAUUGUUUUUUAUUGUAAUGGUCAUCUUCGUACUAGUUCCUACAGUACGGAAGGGAAUGUCCAGGGUUGAAGUAAGCUGUAAACUCAAUCUCUUGAUCUUCAGUCUUCAGGUCGUUUUUUCUGCCACUGACCAGAUGCACUUCUAUGAUAUUCUGAUUUUUGCCAAAGUAUUCCAUGGAUUGUUCGAGUAGUAAUAGCACUACAAGUAGAAGUAAGUUCCUAACAGAACUUACAGAAACACGAGGUUAUUAGUUCGUAUCCUAUCGUACAGUGUGGCCUGAUAGUACGUACGUACUUCUACUACGUACCUCACCAGAAAAUCAAUUUGGCGGUCUGCGCUGUGAAAUGUUUUGGCAAGCGGAUGACGGACAGACUAUACUUUGCUAUCCUUUAUGUAUUGUAUGUACUAAAGUUCCCAUMGUACGGUACGGUACAAACUUUAAUUUUGAGUACGAGUGAGGAASACUACACCCAGGAGCUAUCUUUUCGGGAGUUGCCCCCCCGCCCGUUGCCAUACCGUACAGUACGACUACUUGGUACCCGUACAUACAUUAGUAUUGUAUCGUACUGUUAUUUGCUGUUGUACGAAGUACUGGGCUUCCACUAGUUUUUUCCAAUACACUAGAAACGGCAUCAUCAUCACCCUGAUGACAUCAAUUCAUGGAACAGUCCAACCCACAAUUCAAUCCAACUACCUCAUCGCAGAUUGCUUAGGGUCUUUGUCGCAUCUUUGCAUUUCUUUGUACCUCGCACCUAAACCUACUUCUCGCACAGUAAGAAAAGCGAGAAGGAGAAAGAUACAACGCCAUGUUUGCCUUGCGACGAACAACGAUAUCAGCAACCGUUGGUAGUACUGGCAGAAAGUCUUCGUUGUCAUCCCUCGUUUCGGUGACCGCUCCGGAUGAAACCAGGAGUGAGCAAUAUGAGGAUAGAAAGAAUGUGUUCCWAACCCUUUUCACGACCCGUUCGUUUUUUGCGGUGCCAUCACCACCGCAGUCCUCCGUCGACGUUCUGUCCAUCGCGACAGCCACUGCGGCCAACCAAUGGUCCUACUGUUGGAAGAGCAACUUCAGUUCAACAACAGCCCCGGCCUUUUCUCUUCUUGACCAACUUCAACAACCAAUGCUGUUGGAGACACUAUACAGAAAAGGAAUCUACCUCAUUAGUACCCUGAAGCGGAGGCGAAAGAUGAUGAACAAACACAAGCUUCGAAAGCGUCGCAAAAAGAAUCGAAUGAAAAACAAGAAAUAGAUAAUAUAGCCUGAAUGAAAAUAGACUGAAACCCAUGCAACACGUGCUAUUUUUACUGCAGCAAGGAUUCCAAAGAGUCUAUUGCUUAUCAACGAGUCUAGGAAAAGGGAAGAAGUACACAAAACAAUAGGACUUUGUCUCUGAUGAGUACAUGGGCACUAUCCAUGCGAAUGCACCCAUAGACUAGGACCCUCUAGUGCGAACAAGAAGCAGCUUUCAGAACACUAAAGAGCUAGAAAAAGCUAGAUCGAGCUCUCCCUUCGAUUGUACGACCCGCUCUAUCAUAAAUAGAGAAAAUAAACUUUUAUAUUGUGC